CUGAAGCCUCCUGCGCCAUGACUAGUACUGGCAGAUUUGGUCGGCGACUAGAGUGCCGCUUUUCACGACUCUACUUGUGGCUCCCACCACCGUUCCAGUUCAAACCAGUGCUUCUCUUGAACAUUCCUUUUCUCACUCGCGGAAGUUUGGGAAGGCCAAAGGCGAAAAACAGGACCCGGAAGUAGGGGCACCUUCUAAGCACGUGAUGGGAGAGGCGCUGGUUCUGACACGUGACCCUCCAACCUGCUACUCUACCUUGCGGAGAGCUCAGCUGCUCUUAAAGACUUUUAUCUGUUCUCUUGAAGCCAACCCCGAACACACGCUGACUCUGGGCCCUUUGGGGGACUCGAACUCGAUGCUAUGGAAAGCUCUGCGGGCUCGUGGAGGCGCCUUGAGGAUUCCGAGAGGCUGGAGACGAACUCAGAGCCCCACGCCCCUCCGGUGGAUGGUCAGAGGGCCCAGUGGAAGAAUGCGGUGGGUUUCUGGAUCCUGGGUCUUUGCAACAAUUUCUCAUACGUUGUGAUGCUGAGCGCUGCUCAUGACAUCCUUAAGCAAGAGCAGGCGUCUGGGAACCAGAGCCACGUGGAGCCAGGCCCAACACCCCUACCUCACAAUAGCUCGUCUCGAUUUGAUUGCAACUCCAUCUCCACAGCUGCAGUGCUCCUGGCAGACAUCCUUCCCACCCUCAUCAUCAAACUCCUGGCUCCUCUUGGCCUUCAUUUGCUGCCCUACAGUCCCCGGGUCCUCGUCAGCGGAGUUUGUUCUGCUGGAAGCUUUAUCCUGGUUGCCUUUUCUCACUCAGUGGGGUUAAGCCUGUGUGGAGUGGUUUUGGCCAGCAUCUCCUCAGGUCUAGGGGAGGUCACCUUCCUCUCACUCACCGCCUUCUACCCCAGCGCUGUGAUCUCCUGGUGGUCCUCGGGGACUGGGGGAGCAGGGCUCCUUGGAUCGCUGUCAUACCUGGGACUCACGCAGGCUGGCCUUUCCCCACAACACACCCUGCUUUCUAUGUUGGGGAUUCCCAUUCUGCUGCUGGCCAGCUACUUCCUGUUGCUCACAUCUCCUGAAGCCCAGGACCCUGGAGGGGAAGACGAGGCAGAGACUGCUGCCCGGCAGCCACUCAUAGGCACUGAGACCCCAGAGUCAAAUCCAGGUUCCAGCUGGGAUCUCUCGUUCCAGGAACGGUGGACAGUCUUCAAGGGCCUAUUGCGAUAUAUCACCCCGUUGGUGCUGGUUUACUUUGCCGAGUAUUUCAUCAACCAGGGUCUUUUUGAGCUCCUGUAUUUCCGGAACACAUCCCUGAGUCACGCUGAGCAGUACCGAUGGUACCAGAUGCUCUACCAGGCUGGCGUGUUUGUCUCCCGCUCUUCCCUGAACUGUUGCCGAAUCCGGUUCACCUGGGUCCUAGCCCUGCUGCAGUGCCUCAACCUGGUCUUCCUACUGGCUGAUGUUUGUUUGAGCUUUCUGCCCAGCAUAUACCUCAUCUUCGUCAUCAUUCUGUAUGAAGGGUUCCUGGGUGGGGCUGCCUACGUGAACACCUUCCACAACAUUGCUCUAGAGACCAGUGACAAGCAUCGAGAGUUUGCCAUGGAGGCUGCCUGUAUCUCUGACACCUUGGGAAUCUCCAUGUCAGGGGUCCUGGCCUUGCCUCUGCAUGACUUUCUCUGCCAUCUCCCUUGACAUGGGUUGUUCGGGACUCACUGACCUGCAGACAGAUGAGACACACUUGUGAGCUCUGCUCUAGCCCUUCCUAGCAGGCUGGGGAGUGGGAAGAGCCACAGUCCUGCCCCUCUUCAGCAAGGAACCCCCAUUGUUUCCCACCCCUGAGCUGGUCUCUGGGAGUUUUCCCUCAGCCUCAUGCCCUUCUAAUAAAUGCUUAUUUUAUC